AUGCCUGGGAUUGCCGCAGCAAGUAUCAAAGGGUCAUGGGAGGUUAAGAAAGGCACCACUGGCACUGUCUUGCUCAUGAACAACCCUCGCAUGAAGCACAUUACGCCUGACGUUCUUGGGAAGCUUGCGAGCAUUAAACUUCUUCAGUCAAAGAAUCUUGUGAUGAAGGUGUUUUAUUGUCCUGCAUUCUCCUUGUACCUCUCAGAUACAAGUGCAGGUGGGGAAAAGAUCAGUAUGGCUCUCCUGGCUUCUGCGCCAGUUGUGGAACCCGUGGGCAGUCUUGAAGCUUCGUUUAAGUGGUGGAGUAACACACAAACUGGAUUAGUGCGCCACGGAUGCAAGAAGGAGCAUGUCUUUACACCCCUGUAUGAACUUUUGCAUGUCAGGCAAUCUCGUAACAGGCAGUCGUCGCCAUCCCCAGAACGUACUGGCGAACAGUUGUGGACUGCCCCUCCCGUCCCGUGGGCACCUCUCAGCGAGGAUGGCACAGAGGUGCCGAUAUACAUCAAUGGAUCUGUAACACCUACUAGAGCCCCAGCUCUCCCUACGCCUGCCCCCGCUCUGCUAGACUCCCCGCGCGGCGGUGCGCCGCCUGCGCCUAGAAAGACAGCGGUUUGGACCGCUAUGACCCCGCCUCAUGGCGCUAUGACCCCGCCCCUGGCCUAG